AUGCGAGAGAAACAAAAACUGCUCGAGUCCCUCAACCUGCUUGGCACCUCGAAUGCAAGGACGGGAGACAAGCGUCGUGCAGGGCCAGGGGAGCCAAGGAAGCCGUCCGCGAAGAGGCGCCGGAGAGGAAUUACAAGUAGUAGUAGUCCCAGCCCAGCAGACCUGAAGACGCCGUCCACGAGGACAUCUGCCCGAAUCGCUGCCAGGGGAGGAGGCCAUGGAAUCUACACGUACACCGAGGACACAAAGGGGCCUGUUGGCGACGUGGAAUCGGCCAUGGACGGCGGCUCGUCGCGAAAGUCAAGGAACAGAAGCAACAACAACAGCAACCGCAAGGCCCGAACCUCUGAUGAUGACCGUCCUCGGAGAGAAGGUACCCAAUCCAACUCCCGUGUCUCGAAACCCAUGUUAUCAUCACUCCCGACCUCCCUCCCCUCCCUCCUCCAGCACUACAACUCCUGGACCGCGUCAGCGCCCCUACCGACCCAGGACGCUCUAACCCAGCGGUACCACUUCGCAUCACACCCUCUCUUCGUGCCCAACAAAUCCCCGCUCUCAAUCCUGCAGGAGGGCGCUUUUGGGGCCAGUUUCUUCUCCCCCUGGCGGAGCCGCACGCUGUCGCCUCUCACCCUUGUCGACGACCACCUCUCAACACUCCCCGCAACGUGGCUCGCGCAGCUCUCCCCGCCGGAGAAGUACAUCACAUCCGCACGCUACGACGCCUCGCUGAACCGACACGGCGUGGCUGCGGGCCAGACGCUCGCGCAGUGGGAAGACGCGGGCUGGAUCGAUUUCCGGCACGAUGCCCGCGGCUGGUUCGAGUGGUACAUCCGCUUCUGGCUGGGCAGGCGGUUGGACGAUGGCGAGGACGAGAGACAAGUCGGGAGGUGGGUGAGGUGCGUGGGGCCCAAGGGGAGGUGGAAGAGGAUGUUGUUGAAGAAAUAUGUCGAUAUGGGGGUUAGGAGUGUCUUUGAUGACGAGGACGAUGAUAACGAUAACGAUGAUGACGACGGUGAUGGUGACAGGAAAGUCAGCCCGGUCAUGCACCAGACUUGUCUGCAGUGGGGGUAUCAGGUCACGCAGGAGGACUUGGACGAUGCGUGGCGAGAGAGGAGAGGAGCUGGAUGA